AUGGAGCCCAAAGAGUCCCAAGACGACUCGACUGGAGCUAAGCUCACACGGGGUCACAUCCUCGAAAAGCUAGACCUUGUGGCAGCGCCGUCUCGGGCCCCGAAAAAGGUCAUCGCCAAGGCGUAUGACCUUACCAGUAUCGAGCUCUUCAUGCUCGGUGACCUUGCUGUACCAUGGGCGAGGAUCGAGGGCGACGCGAAAGAAGAGUCCCUGACCACGGAGAUGCUUGAGAACUUUCUCAAGGCGGUUUUCAAGUCGUGGGACAGCACAAACGGCGCCCCCAACAUCCAAGAGAAACCGGCAGCGAGGAACAAGCGCGAGAUGUCGGUCCCGGUUGGAACGUGGGCAAACGACGCCCCAGAGUCGAUUUCCAACGAGAAAAAGCGAAAGCAAGAGGGCUUCGACGAGUCAUCGAUAAAGGAGGCCAAGGCUCGCAAACUCGGUGCCUCCGCCUGGUUAGCGGUGUCGACCGAACACCCAGAGGUCGUCAAGUUCGAAUUCCGCGACGAUAGCCAGCGAAUGGUCUCUCAGAACAAGGUCAAGGUCAAAUAUCGCUCAGACACAACCUAUGAGAGCGCCCAGAUCCAGGCCAUGCGGAUUUUCGACCAGGCCGAGGCAGCCCGAGCUGAAGAGUUCAACAAAAAACUGCGCCUCAAUCUGGCUCGCAACCAGAUUGUGGCCUUCGCAAAGAACGGGAAUGGCCCAGAGAAUUCACCCUCUCCUUUGAUCGCCGCCGAACACCAGUUGGGCAAACGCCUCUUCGAGCCAAAGUUGUCGGGGCCACAGCUACCUACUUGA